CUACAGUCGGUCGACAAAAAUGGAGGAGGCAGAGUACGUCGCGUUGGUCGAGUGGCUUUGCCGUCAAUCUUAUUACAACGGUAUGUUGCUUCGUUGCAAGGAAGCGUGCGCGGCGUACCCGGCCAGCAACCGUCUACGAAUUCUGCUGAACCUCGCGUACAUUUUCACCGGCAAGUUCCAAGAAGCAAUUAAAGACAGUUCCGGUUUGAUCGGUGAUCCGGACGCUACCUUGGCAGCGUUGCUCGUUCAAAGCAUCGCUCACGGGAGCAUCGACAACGCCGAGAGGGCCACCGCGAUGCAGAUCGAGACGAGAAUCCGGGACGAGAGACGGAAAGCGUCUCCGAACGCGCUCUCGUUGACAGCUUUGGUUUUGCUCGCGUCCCGGAGAGUUGACAAGGCGAAAGAUUACGCGGAGAGAGCGUACAAGCUCGACUCGUCCGACAAGAACGUACUGACAAUCAAAGGAUGGGUGGAUCUGUCCGGAUCUGAGACCGAUUCGAGUCGGCCUAGCUUGUUCGACGCGGUGUUGGAGCGAGACCCGAAGGACGUGAACGCUCUGCUCGGUUCCGCCAAGUAUAAACAACUCCACGGCGACUAUGCGGGAGCGAUACUAACGCUGAAUUCGUUGAUCGUCCGUUAUCCGAGGCUAAGUUUCCCUUUGGUAGAGAAACUGUUCAAUCAGCUCGCGUUGAAAGAUUGGGACCAAGUUUUGGAGACCGCCAACAGGAUAGCGUCGAUCGAUUCCAACGAUCUGGACGCUAUGAAGGCUCACGCGUUCGUGAACCUCUGCAGGGACGGCGAUUACAACGAAGGAUCGAAACGAGUACAACUGUAUUUUAGGAACGUGGUCGUCACGGAGACGAACAACGUAACGGUUCUGGUGAACGAUCUUCAACUGUUUUCACGAGUCGCCUGCAAGCAUCGAGGGAUCUUGUCGGAUCUCGCGAGAAUCGCCGAGAAGAUGUUGCAGCAGAACGCCAGGAGCGCAGAGCUGAUGGUUGAGCUCGGUAAUUUGUAUUUCUCGUUAGGCAAAGUGAGCGACGCGGAGAAUUGGUACAGAAGCGCGGUUCGCGUGAACGAGUCCUCGUUCGCUGCGCUAACGGGAUUGGCGCAUUGUCAAUUGUCGGACACGUCCGUCGAUGCGGCAGACCUGGCACGACAACAAAUCGAUUUCCUGAUGGAAGUGCAGACGCACUCGAUGAACGCAGAAUUGCACUUCUUGUCCGCUAAACUGAGCUCCAACGAUUCCGUCGAAGGUCUGAACCAUUUGAACAGCGCGGCUACCGUCAUAUUGAACGGUUGCAAGUACACGCCUUACGGAUAUGAUUACAUGAGAAAACUGAAUCCCGACUUGUGCCUGGACAUCUCGAGGCAACGUUUGGUCUACUACUCGGUAACGAACGUCGAGGAACAAGUGUCCAGCUACGACGAGCCAAGCUUGAACUUGUUGGAACAGCUGUCGGAAGCCUAUCCCGGUUUGAUCGCCGCUCAGCUAUUGUUGAGCAGAGCCAAGAUGCAGAGCGGUGACUCAGAAGAGGCUUCGCGCAUACUGAGAAAUCUUUUGGAGAACGUCGACCCCUCGAACGCGGAAGCUCAUUUACUGAUGGCUCAGAUUUUAACGCGUCGAGGAGAUUAUCAACUGGCCUCGCAAAGCCUCGAAGUCGGGCUGAGUCACAACUUCAAGAUCAGAGACGAUCCGAUCUAUCAUUUGAUAGUGGGCACGGUCCAAAAGGAGAACGGCGACGUGGAAAGCGCGAUAAAAAGCUUUCACGCCGCUAGGUCGUACGCGGGGACCGACAUUUCUACGUCGGAUUUAGCUACUCUGUACCUCGAGUCGAUCUCGGCUUACGGGAAGACGCGACGAUUCGACGAGGCGAUCGCCAUGAUCCAAGAAGCGAGAACGAGACUUGCCAACAGCACGGAGGAAGGAAGGAUAUUAAUAGGGAACGCAGAGUUAUUGUUGGAGAUGGGAGAACUGGACGAUGCUGUUAAAUGCCUGUCGAAAGUUACUCCGGAUCAGCCUUACUAUUUGCAAGCUCAUACGCGUCUGGCCGACGUUCACUUGAAGUAUAAAAAGGAUCGCCUCGCAUUCGCGACGUGCUACAGGGAAUUGGUGGAGCAUUGCCCGGGACCAAAGACGUACAGCAUGCUCGGCGACGCGUACGUACUGAUACAGGAACCGGAAAGAGCGAUAGAAGCGUACGAACAAGCCUUGAAACAGAAUCCCGCGAACAAAGUACAGAUAGCAAGUAAGCUAGGGAAGGCGCUGGUAAAAACGCAUCAGUACACAAAAGCCAUCAAUUAUUACAGAGAUGUGAUGAAACAGGAUAGCUUUAAGAGCCUGAAAUUGGAUCUGGCUAAAUUGUUCAUAACGAUGAAACAGUACGACAAGGCAGAGGCUACUCUGGUUCAAGAGUUACAAGAUGGUCGUCGAGAUUCCGAUUUACAGAGUUUGGAGGUGCGCGGUCAGCUGUUACUGUUGCUCGCGAAAACGCGGGAGAAAUCGGACAACGUUCAGGGCGCGUUGUCGGCGUUGAAGGAAGCUAAGGAGAAUCAGCACAGGUACAUGCAACGCGCGGGAGGUUCCGAGGAUCAGAAACAGCUUCUGGCCAACGUUUGCCUCACGAUGGCGGAUUACUCGACCUCGUUGAGAGACUACGACCAGGCUAUAACGUACUACAAGGAAGCGUUGAACCAGAGACCUGCGAACGUGAACGCGUUGCUGUCGCUGGCGAAGCUUUAUAUGCAGACAAACAACUUGGAUCGAUGCGCCCAAAGCUGCACGGCCGUGUUAAACGCUGACCCGAACAACGAGGCAGCCUCGAUAAUGAUGGCCGAUCUCGCGUUCAGAAAAGUGGACUUCGACACGGCAGCCUUCCAUUUUAAACAAUUAUUGCUGAAGCAGCCGACUUACUGGACAGCCUUGGCAAGAUUGAUAGAAGUUUCGCGUAGAACAGGUGACACGGACGACCUGGACGAGUGGCUGCGACGAGCGGAGCUGGCGAUCGGCGGUGCCAAGACGGCCGGUUAUUACUACUGCUCGGGUCUGUUGGACUGGCGCAUGGGCCGAUUAAAUUCCGCGCUUCGCCAGUUUAAUUUCGCGAGACGCGACCCCGAAUGGGGUCAGCAGGCUAUAUACAACAUGAUCGAGAUCUGUUUAGACCCCGACGACGAUUCCCCGUUGUCGAACGACGUGUUCAGCGACGAGGACGCCGAGUACCAAGACUCGAGAACGAUGGCCGUGAAGACGGCUUACCGUUUACUGCAAGAACUGAAUCCGAAAGGGAGCGCUCACGAAACGUUGACGCACAGAUUGCUGAGCAAUUUCUUCCUGCUCGCUACGAAGAAGAAGUCGAACGUGGAAAAAGCUCUGCAGGACUGCACGGCGUUGGCCAGCCAAGAGGCGUUGAGGGACCACGUCGGUCCAGCUCUGGGCAUGGCGAUGGCGCAUAUACUUCUGAAGCAAACGCCCAGGGCCAGGAACCACUUGAAACGCGUCAGCAAGAACACGUGGACCUUCGAGGACGCGGAAUACCUCGAACGCUGUUGGCUGCUGUUGGCCGACGUUUACGUGCAGUCGAACAAGAACGAUCUGGCCAACGAGCUACUGAGACGUGUGUUGCAGCACAAUGCCACUUGUGUCAAGGCUCACGAACUGUCCGGGUACAUCGCCGAGAAGGAGCAAAAUUACCGGGAGGCCGCGUCGCAAUACGGUCAAGCAUGGAAGUACGGGGGCAAAUCGAGACUGUCCGUAGCUUACAAGUUGGCUCAUUGUCUGAUGAAAGCGAAAGCUUAUGCGGAUGGGAUAGAAGCGUGCAACGAAGUCUUGAAACAGACCCCGGAUUAUCCUCGUAUAAGAAAAGAAAUUCUAGAGAAAUGUAUCAAUAACUUGCGCACUUAAUAAACUCUCUCUUUUAUCACACGGCAAACGAGGUAUCUUUCCUCCGAGUAGCUCGUUCACGGCGGUAAAUCGGGAUAUCUCCUGUGUAUACUUACUUAUGAAAAAACUGCGCGAAAAUAAUGCGAAACUUCAUGUUUCACGUGCGUCGCAUAAAAAUCUACUUGUUAGUAGACGAACGUUGCCGGGAAAAUAAGAAA